AAACUUCAAAUCACAUUCAAUAACUUUACUUUUUAUUUAUCAUUGUUAUAUGUACAAUGCUACAUGUUGAAUGUUCUAAUUAAGUGCUAAUUACUGUAAUCGAAUCACCACAAUUUUUGUGACUUAGAUCUUUCAUAAGAUUUAUAAAACAUGUUGAGAUUUGAAAUUGUCUCAUCAAGAACAGUGGAAGGCGAAGAUAAAGACAAAAAGUUUGUAGCUUAUAUGUUACAAGUGCGACAAGAUGUUACAGAUUCAAUGGCAUUUGAUCCUGAUCCUGCUAAUGUGGAGAGACGAUAUACAGACUUUUUGUGUCUUUAUAAUGGAUUAAAAAAGGAUUUUCCAGCUUUAUUGAACAAUGUAACAUUUCCAAGAAAGAUUUUAAUGGGAAACUUUGACCCAAAUUUAAUAUCAACCAGAUGUACGGCAUUUGAGUCAUUGUUGAGUUUAAUAGCCAAUGAGUCACGGCUCAGGGAUUCACCUGCGUCAAUUGCAUUUUUCCAAGAAGUGGAGCUAAAGGAAGCUAAGAGACUGAUAGAUGAAGGCAAGUUUGAUCAGGCACUGUCCGUUUUGGAGAGCAGCUUUAAAUUAUUGAAUAAGGUGUAUACUGACAGAUCUCGCGUGGUUUUGAGCGUGUUAUGUCGUAUAGUAGCAUGUGCAGGGGCGAGCGGCGGCGCGCUGGCUGGCCCGGUGGAACGCUGGGCUCAGCUUGCUCUAAAACGUUAUGAAGCUGUCAGUGACUCGGACCUGUUGCUCAUUUAUGUACCACUGUUACAUACUUGUAUAUCUAUUUGGGAAACACUGGGAAAAGAUAAAUCUAAACUAAUUGAUGAGUUAAAUGGUCUUCGCAAACGAGGUAUGAAAGUGGACUCUGUUCCGAGUCUCAUGGAGGCAGUUGACAAUCUAAUUAUUAUUUAAUAUGAUCAUUUGUAAGUCAAAUCGCUUUUAUGUAUAUAAAAUCAAAUAAUUAUAAAUUGAUAUGAUGUGAUAUUUAGGAACUGCUUAUAUUUAUUAAGUGAAACAUUCUAUUUCUAACCUCA